GGAAGCGCUGCGCAGGCGCAUUUGUCAGCCUCGCUCCGUGAGGAGCUCUUGGAGCCGGCGGCCCAGGAAUCUGGGUAGCCCCCGAAGUCGUAUUCCCUUAAACCGGUUCUGGAUCUUCCUGCCGCCCCACGCAUCCUCUCGACUUUGUGCCCGCUUCACUUCGGGCCUUUAGCUUCCCGCCGAAUUGGUGAUGGAGGCGCCUUUGGGGAUGCCCCUGGAUGAACCCAUGGCAUUUUCUCCUCAGCGGGAACGGUGUCAGGCCGAUGGGUCGCUAAGGAAAUAUGAGCAGAAUUUUAAGCUCUCAGGUGUUAAAAAAGACAUUGAGAAGCUUUAUGAAGCUGUACCACAACUUGGAAACCUGUUUAAGAUUAAGGACAAAAUUGGAGAAGGCACUUUCAGCUCUGUUUAUUUGGCCACAGCACAAUUGCAAGUAGGAGCUGAAGAGAAAAUUGCUCUAAAACACUUAAUUCCAACAAGUCAUCCUAUAAGAAUUGCAGCUGAACUUCAGUGUCUGACAGUGGCUGGGGGGCAAGACAAUGUCAUGGGAGUUAAGUACUGCUUUAGGAAAAAUGAUCAUGUCGUUAUUGCCAUGCCAUAUCUGGAGCAUGAAUCCUUUUUGGAUAUUUUGAAUUCUCUUUCCUUUCAAGAGGUACGGGAAUAUAUGUUUAAUCUAUUCAGAGCUUUGAAACGCAUUCAUCAGUUUGGUAUUGUUCACCGUGAUGUUAAGCCCAGCAAUUUUUUAUAUAAUAGGCGCCUGAAAAAGUAUGCUUUGGUAGACUUUGGUUUGGCCCAAGGAACCUAUGAUACGAAAAUAGAGCUUCUCAAAUUUGUCCAGUCUGAAACUCAGCAGGAAAGUUGUUCACAAAAUAAAUCCCACGUAAUCACAGGAAACAAGAUUUCAUUGAGUAACCCAGCGGUACCUAAGGAGGUGGUUCAGCAGCCCACCACAAAAACUACUGUUAAAAGGCCCUACACUAAUGCACAGAUUCAAAUUAAACAAGGAAAAGAUGGAAAGGAGGGAUCUGUAGGCCUUUCUGUCCAGCGCUCUGUUUUUGGAGAAAGAAAUUUCAAUAUACACAGCUCCAUUUCACAUGAGAGCCCUGCAGUGAAACUUCUGAAGCAGUCAAAAACUGUGGAUGGAUUAUCUAGAAAGUUAGCAACGAAAAAGAAGGCUGUGUCUACGAAGGGUAUGAAUAGCGGUGUAGUGAGGAAAACUGCCAGUUCCUGCUCAGCAACCUUGACCUGUGACUGUUAUGCAACAGAUAAAGUGUGCAGUAUUUGCCUUUCAAGGCGACAACAGGUUGCACCUCGGGCAGGUACACCAGGAUUUAGAGCACCAGAAGUGUUGACAAAGUGCCCCAAUCAAACUACAGCAAUUGACAUGUGGUCUGCAGGUGUCAUAUUCCUUUCUUUGCUUAGUGGACGAUAUCCAUUCUAUAAAGCAAGUGAUGAUUUAACUGCUUUGGCUCAAAUUAUGACAAUUCGUGGAUCCAAGGAAACUAUACAGGCUGCUAAAACAUUUGGAAAAUCAAUAUUAUGUAGCAAAGAAGUGCCAGCACAAGACUUAAGAACUCUCUGUGAGAAGCUCAGGGGUCUGGAUUCUAAUACUCCCAAAUUAACAAAUGAUAUACAGAAACCUGCUCUUCAUGAGACAGAUUAUUCUGAGAAGACUGUUCAUAAAGCUUCCCGGCUUACAGAAAUACCUGAAGAACAGCACUCAGGGAAUUCAUUAUAUAAAGGGGACAGUAAUGGCUGUAGUAGAGGUCAUUUUGAUGAAUGCACAGCCAAUUUAGAUGGCUGGGAUAAAGUACCAGAUGAAGCUUAUGACUUGCUUGACAAACUUUUGGAUCUAAAUCCAGCUUCAAGAAUAACAGCAGAACAAGCUUUGUUGCAUCCAUUUUUUAAAGACAUGUACUUGUGAUUAUUAUUUAUCAGUUAAUGUUUGCUGUCGUGUAUUGUGAAGUCAGUGGAAGUUGUAAUAUUUGUAUAAAAUAAAUAAUUUAUUUUAUUUUAAAAUGUUAGUAUUUUCAUAGCACAUCCUAAAAUCUGGAAUAAGAUUACUUACGGUGCCAGUGUAGGUUUUUGGACAAGCAAUCUGAUGUAGAUCGUCCAAAGUAGCAAAUUAGAUCUUUAGUUUCCCUUAUUCCCUCUCACUGCUCUGUUGAUAAAGAAGCACCGUUGUCCUAACCCGUAAUUUGGAGUUCAAGGUACAAGUCUUAAAAGUAAUCAGUAUGAUGGGGAGUAAGUGUUUUGGGGUCUCUUCAAGCUCUGUUAACAGUUUGGUGCUGAUACCUGGUACUCAUUCUUGUGGUAAAGAAAAUUUCCUUCCCUGUGGGUAUACAUUAUACCUUUUAUAAACACUAAACAAUGAAAAAAAGGUUGGCCAUUAAUGGUGGAUGAGGAAUAUCACAAGGUUGAAUUUAAUUUACUCUUUCCAAAAGUAUUUUUUGAAAGUAUUUUUCUGUAAAUUCUUUUUUAAAAUGGUUUUUCUGGUUAUCUUUUUUUCUCUGCUCCCACAUUCUUGGAAAUUGUAUGGUGCUUUCUACAAAGUUAGGGUGCUUUUUAGAUAUUACAUAUGUUUACAGUUGGGAAUUUAAAAUACACCGGUUGAUAAAGGGAAACCACAAUGACUAUUGAUAGCCAAAAAUGGUUUCCUUUUCCUGUUUUUUCAUACCAUUUUAGGUAUAAUUAGGUCGCUACCAAAAGAAAAGAACAAAAAUUAAGAAUAUUAGAAAUUUUUCCUCUGCCUCAGCCAUAGGCAAAAUCUACAUACUAUUUUGACUAAGUUGGUCUUGCUCCAAGAACAGUGAUAACUGAAGUCUUUGAUGGGUUGGAAAAAGAGAAAAUGAUAUAGGCAAAGUAGAAGGUAUCUUCAAUAGAGACUUAUGUAUUACUAACUUCCAAAAAUAAUAUAUAUUAAUAACAGCAUAUCAAUUUCCUAUAAGAAAUAGAUGGAAGGAUGGGUCUGCUGCAAGGCUGUCAUCUAAUAGUCAUAGACUAUAAAAACAGCUGAGGGACCUGUAACAUUCAUUCUGUUCUUUUAAGCACUCAAGUCAGUAGUCUUAUUUGGUAAGUAUUGUAUACAUAUCAUUAUAUUUGAUCUCUGUCUUUUAUAACCUUGAAUGUUUUUGAACAUGUAUGUUUAAUAAAGUUAUCUUUUGAUAUUAUAUCAGACUAUUGAUUUGAAAAAUAGCUUUUUAGAAAAGUAUUGACCACUAAUAGUAUUUUCCUUUUGAGACUGAUUAAUGCUCUCCUCAGCAAAUUGUAGUAGUAAAUAUAUACGGACCUGGAAGAAAUGAUUUUUCAUUUUGCAGAGCACCUAGAAAAGUUGCUCUUUCACCUCAUUUGUAAGAUACUUGUUGCAAAUAGUAAACCAGCAAUGAAGGUCAUUAAUAUUCAGCUAAAAAAUAAUUUUUAAAGUGACUUACAAUCAAGAUAAUAUGUUCUCAGGAAAUUAACAGGAAGAAAAUUGUAGCUAUGAAAAGGUCAGAGAAGACAUCCUUGUAGAGAGUUUAAUUUUCAGGGUUAUUUCAAUUUUACUGUGUGUUUUAGAAUAGAGAUAGGUUGAUACGUAAGAGGAAGUAAAGGAAACGAGUGAUUUUUAAAGGAUGUUCAGUGUUAAAUUAGUACUUUCAGUUACUGUCAGAACCAGAAUGUUUCCUCAAUAUUGGGUGCUAUGUAUUCAAAAGUUAUCAUGGACCUAAUAUUUAGAUUUUUCAUCUAGGAAUGCCAUUUUAUAAUGAUGUUAACACAUCAUUAUAUUUCAGAAUAUUUUGUAUUUUUUGGUUUUGGACUCACCCUACUGUAUUCAAGGUUUAUUUCUGGUUCUGUGUUCAGGAUCACUCAUGACAGGAUUUGGGGAACCUUAAGGAAUACUGGGAACCAAACCCAGGUUGGCCAGGUACAAGACAAGUGCCUUACAUGCUAUACUAUUUCUGAUCCACCUGUCUACAUUAGGCAAACCAGUAAUUUCUAGGAAGAGAUUAAAAAUGUAAUUAGUUAAUUGGGCUUCCUAGUAUUAUGGAAUUUCUUGAUGAUGAAAAUAAACUAUUUUUCAUUGUCAGCUUUUAAAAAUUUUUAGUGCUCUGACAAGAUAAAACUGUUAGGGGUGUUUUCAUUUGAUAAGCUGUAGACAUUUAGAACUAUUUAUAUAACAAGCUACAAGUACUGGUUUUUGAACGCUGUCACUCUAGCAUUUUUAAUGGAACUUUUCCUUAAAAGGAAAUGAUUAGGUUUGUUUUAAUGACCUAAAUGAAACUAAAGAUUUAUUGUUUCAAAGAACUUAUUUCAAAAUCUGGACAGAAGUCAUUAAGUGAUAUUAAUCUCAUAUUUCUGUCAUCAGUAUUUUAGAAAGAAAAAUGGUGUUUGAAUUAUCAGUGUAUUAAUUACACAAAAUCUCAAAACCCACAAAAUUUUCAUGAGGUUUGUGUUAGUAGUUACUGCUUAUGUAAUUUCAGUCCUGUGCGUCAGCAGGGUUAUCUUAAACUGUGGACAAAUGUAGUGACUGAUGCUGUCAGCCAACGUCUGCAGUUGUAUUUUUUCCACCUACAUUCCUGCGUGUUGUGGGCUUUAAGAAACACUAACACUAGGAAGCAAUGUCAACCCUGUUGAGAAUUUUUCCUUUGUUCUCAGAACUGAUAUUUUCUACAUUAGUUAAAUUAUGUGUUUGAAUCAUGUUAGGGCUUAAAAGGUGAAAGGUGAAUAAUACCAGAUAAAGUAAUCAGAUAAGUAGUGCUUUAAAUUAUAGCAAAUUUUAAUAUAGUGACCUCAAAGACCAGUAGAAAGGUAUAUAGUAUAUAUAUGUAUAUAUAUACAUAUAUAUAAAGGUAGAAAGUAUAUAACAUCAUCAUUAGUAAAUAAUGUCAUUGUAAAUAUCUAAGGCAAAAAGGAGCCCGAUGAAAGCAAGUACAAGUUUGAUGGAAGAAUUACAAAAGGGUAAAUUAAGUAAUUGUAAAAUAGUUUGAGCUUGAGUUAGCUGGCUAAUUUUUUUUCUUGGAGAAAAUAGCUUGAAUAAAAUUGUCUUUGACUUCUGUUUUGAAGGUUUUAAUUUUUAA